AUGAAUAUUUAUGACUCUUCUUUGAAGAUUUUGGACUUUUUUGAAAAAUAUUUGAAAAUAAAUUCAGCAAAUUCAGUCCUAAUCUUCGAAUUAUGCUAUACAAAGCUGGCAUUAUAUUUUGAGAACGAAUCUGUUAUUGAUGAUAUCCUUCCUAUUAAGAUUUCCGAGAUAAUUUCAAAAAUUAAAAAAUUAUCUCCAGAAAUAAAUGAAAAUUUCGCCAAAAAGAUAUCAUCAUCGGACACAUUGCAGGAUACAUGUGCAUGUCUACUCAUUUGCUCCACUGUUUACAAAGAUAAUUCAUGUAAUGAAAUUUCAAUUUCGGCAAUUUUGACAUUUAGUGAAGUUUUAGACUUUUCUGUUCCAUUUGAGUACGAUCAACAGCUUUCUGCUGUUAUCCUUUAUUCAUCGUUCCUUUCUUAUUGCGCAAAUUUGUUUGAAGGAAAAACAAUUUUUGAAUUCUUUGAGAAAUUAGUUUAUUUUUCUGAAUAUGAUGUUUCAUCUGCAUUAAUUAAUCUCUCUAAGAACAAAAACAUCCACGAAUUCAUUACAAAUGACUUCGUUGUCACUUUGGCUUCAACAAGAAACGAAUCUUUACUCAAAUGCGCAGCAAUUUUCAUUGAAUACCUCAAAGAUGGACAAGAUGAGGUACUAGGAACAAUUAUUGGCCUUCUAUAG